AUGAGAGACGUGAAAUCGAAAAAGGAAAAGUCGGAAUAUGUGUUGUGCCAGUUUGAACGUUGUGGGAAAUUACGUGGUGAUGGGGCAGUUGGCCUUGGAGGCGACGACAAGAUGAGGCUGCCUGAGUGGUUGGCUUUAGAGGCAGCAUCGUGCACAGCCAUAGAUGUUUUUGAUUGUGAUACCUUUCUUAUCGCAGGACGGCUUUUGGAUACGGUGGUGGUAUACUGCGUGAUUGGCAGGGAAGGACAGGUUUCUUCCCUUCCUGUCCCCUACCUAGGAGCCAAGAUGGGCUCGUUUUUUAUGUGGCUGUAUUUAAGUUGCCUGCAGAGAAUGUUUCGUUCGUGGGGCUGCCAACACCAGCGAGACAGAGAGAGUUUCUGGUUGGAGGGCAGUGCCCUUGAGAAAUUGAUGUAA